GAAUUGCGCGAAGUUGAGACGUUUGAGUUUGGACCAGGCACUGGACGGUGCGUGUGCGAGAAGGGAUGGACGGGGACGAACUGCGACGAACUCUGUCCUGAUGGGACGUACGGAGAGGAAUGCGAGGAGAAUUGCUCCAGCUGUGUCCAUGGAAUGUGCCUCCACACGACCGGAGAGUGCUUAUGCGAUCCUGGCUUCACGGGCGAAACGUGUGAGGGCGUGUGCCCCAAACAUCGCUUUGGAUUCCUGUGCAAAAGGAACUGCACCUGCAAGAACGGCGGCGAAUGUCACCACAUCACUGGAGAAUGCAAUUGCUUGGAUGGCUGGAGAGGAGCGGAAUGCGAGGAGCCUUGCCCGGAAGGGACUUUCGGCUUCGAUUGUCGUCAGAAUUGCAGCUGUGAUGGGCGUUGCAACGUAACGGAUGGGGAAUGCAAGUGCCUUCCAGGGUGGGUGGGGACGAGCUGUCAAGAAGCUUGCCCAGAAGGAUUCUUUGGAGAGCAAUGCAAAAAUGUAUGCGAGUGCUCCGAGGGGAAAUUCCAGUGUCACCAUAUCGAUGGUUGCAUGUGCAAGCCAGGAUUUCAAGGUGACAACUGUGAACUUCCCUUGGAUCUCCCGAUCCCUCACUCCACGCAACAGUCAGAGGGACGCUCGAUCAUCCAAGGAUUGAUAGGCGGAACGGUCCUCACCAUUCUCUUCAUCCUCGGGUUCGCAGGCUUCUUGGCCUACCUCAGGCGAAGAGCCCUCAUCCAGCAGAAGCAGUCUCGCGAAGCAUUCCUCCGCACUGCACCUCUUCCUGGUUUCAUAAUGGUUCGCACUUACAAAAGGAAAACUGAGAGGGGUGAGGGGAAACGAUACCUCAAUGGAGAUCUUGAACAGUUCAAGAACCUGUUUGUUCCCGAUGUGAAGAAGUUUCUUGGAGAGGGAAACAAGGCUGACCUCUUGUACGGUGGUCACUUUCCUCAAGUGGCAAUCGAGCUCAUCUUGACAAUGUUUUGA